AUGAGAGAUUCAAAAGUAGAUGAUAAAGCCAAGAUCAGAUCAAGACGUGAUUCGGCGAGCCCCUCGGGAAGAAAAGUUGAUUCAAGCAAUUAUAGAGACAGAUCAAGAGAUAGAUCAUAUGAUCGAUCAAGUAUAGUAUCGAAUGGGAAUCAAACAAGGAUAGAGGAUCAAAGAAAUACAAGACAGACAGAUGAAGAAAACAAAAUUGAUUCUAAAGACCUGAAAAAUGAAGAAGAAAGAGGGCGUACAACUGAUAGAAAAUCUGACUCUAAGGAAGCUUCUGAUGAUGGUCAACAAGAUAUGAUGAUGCAAUUGAUGGGAUUUGGCUCAUUCGAUUCUACAAAAGGGAAGCAUGUUGCUGGUGUUGGUUCUGGUGGGGCCAAAAAGAAUAAAAGGGCCCACUUUAGACAGUAUAUGAAUAGAGAUAAAGGGUUCAAUAGAAACCUAUCACCUGAAAGAAGGAAAAAGAAAUGA